GAAGCCGCGUCUGAGGCGCAACGACGCUGCUUUCUUCUCUCUCCUCGCCGUCCAUCUUUGGCUUACACAUCGCCAUCUCAGGCCUUGCACGCCGCCUUCCACGCCGCAUCAAAAAAAGACCUCAUCAUGGCCCCACCGUGCUACGCAGACUUGGGCAAGCAGGCUCGCGACCUGUUCAACAAGAACUACCACUUCGGCGUCGUCAAGCUCGACUGCAAGUCGACCACCCAUACGGGCGUCGAAUUCAACGUGAGCGGCACCAGCCUCAAUGACACCGGCAAGGUGAACGCCUCGCUGGAGACCAAGUACAAGGUUCCCGAGUACGGCCUGACGCUCAAGGAGAAGUGGAACACCGAUAACACGCUCUCGACCGAGAUCUGCACGGAGGAGAAGCUCGCACGCGGCUGUAAAGUCGCCUUCCACGCCAACUUCGCGCCCCAGACGGGCAAGAAGUCGGGAGCCCUGAAGGCGGCCUACAAGCUCGAGAACGUCCACUUGAACGGAGACGUGGAUCUGGGACCUCCAGGUCCGGUCGUGCACGGGGCUGCCGUGCUGCACUACCAGGGCUGGCUCGCCGGCGGUCAGGUCUCCUUCGACACGACCAAGAACCGACUGAGCAAGACAAACUUCGCCGUGGGUUACCAGGCGGGCGACUUCGUCCUGCACACGAACGUCAACGACGGCCAAGAGUUCGCGGGGUCCGUGUUUCAGCGGGUGAACCCGCAGUUGCAGACGGGAGUCCAGCUGGCCUGGACCGCUGGCACGAACGCGACCCGCUUCGGCCUGGGUUGCGUCUACGACCUCGACAUGGAGACCUCGGUUCGCGCCAAGGUGAACAACUCUGGUCAGAUCGGGCUCGGGUUCACGCACCGUCUGAGACCGGGCAUCAGCUUGACCCUUUCCACCAUGCUGGACGGCAAGAACUUCAACCAGGGAGGACACAAGCUCGGACUCGGGCUCGACCUUUCGGCGUGAUCGCCGAAGUUGAUCGACCUCUGAACGCCGGUGCAACACUUUCAGCUGCUUAGGCCCAACAAACGCACCCCACUCCACAUGUUUUUUUUUUAGUCAGGGGAGAGUGAAAAGCAAGUCUUCGACCAUACAUCGGGACUACCAAAUAGCGAAACCUGUUAAGUUUGCAUUUUGAGGACCGUUUCUUUCUCGUUUUUCACAGUAUUUCUUUAUACAGCUCGUCACGUGGCGAGCGCCCAUGAAUGUGUGUAGUCUCUCUCAUUGGGGACUUUUGAAACAUGUAACGCCCUGUACUGUUUUUUUUUUUUUUUCGGUGUCCCGCGAGUGAGAAUAGUGAAGUCUAGUUGAGUGACUGAAGAAGCUUUAGGUGUUAUCCCUGUGGUUUUUGUUUUUAUUAUUACAUUAAUUUUGUUGCGUCUCCUAGGAGAAGCACUGAAAGGACAAAAAAAAGCAAAUAAAAAACUUGUUGGCUGAGCUCAACAACAGAA